AGGAGCUGCAAGUUGCAAGAGGCUGCUGAGAGGACCUGCAAUGGAUUCCCUGUGGAGUGGGGGAUUCGGCGAAGGAAGCUCGUAACAUGGCGGAUAGCGAGGAAGGCUUUGGGCUCCCCACCACGCCGGCUGACUCGGAGGCCAAGGAGCUGCAGGCUGACGCCAAGCAGGACACGCAGCUGGGGGCCCCCAGCAAGCCCCCCACCUCUCCCCAGGCAGCCUUCACCCAGCAGGGCAUGGAAGGAAUCAAAGUGUUUUUGCACGAGCGGGAGCUGUGGCUGAAAUUUCACGAAGUGGGGACGGAGAUGAUCAUAACAAAGGCUGGAAGGCGCAUGUUCCCCAGUUACAAAGUGAAGGUCACUGGACUUAAUCCAAAAACUAAGUACAUACUAUUGAUGGAUAUUGUACCAGCGGAUGACCACAGAUAUAAAUUUGCAGAUAAUAAAUGGUCCGUGACGGGGAAGGCAGAGCCGGCCAUGCCCGGCCGCCUCUACGUGCACCCCGACUCCCCCGCCACCGGAGCGCACUGGAUGCGGCAGCUGGUGUCCUUCCAGAAGCUCAAACUCACCAACAACCACCUCGAUCCCUUCGGACAUAUCAUCCUCAACUCCAUGCACAAGUACCAGCCCCGGCUGCACAUCGUGAAGGCCGACGAGAACAAUGGCUUCGGCUCCAAGAACACUGCCUUCUGCACCCACGUCUUCCCCGAGACAGCCUUCAUCGCCGUCACCUCCUACCAAAACCACAAGAUCACCCAGUUAAAGAUCGAGAACAACCCCUUUGCCAAAGGUUUCCGUGGCAGCGACGACAUGGAGCUCCACAGGAUGUCCAGGAUGCAGAGUAAGGAGUACCCGGUUGUUCCCAGGAGCACGGUGAGACAGAAAGUGUCCUCAAAUCACAGCCCCUUCAGUGGCGAGACCAGGGUCCUUUCUGCCUCCUCCAACCUGGGCUCCCAGUACCAGUGCGAGAACGGGGUGUCGAGCACCUCCCAGGACCUGCUGCCACCUGCCAACCCCUACCCGAUCUCCCAGGAGCACAGCCAGAUCUACCACUGCACCAAGAGAAAAGAUGAGGAAUGUUCCACCACCGAGCAUCCCUACAAGAAGCCCUACAUGGAGACUUCUCCGGCGGAAGAGGACCCCUUCUACAGGUCCAGUUACCCCCAGCAGCAGGGACUGAACACUUCAUACAGGACUGAAUCAGCCCAGCGCCAAGCAUGCAUGUAUGCCAGCUCCGCUCCCCCCACGGACCCCGUGCCCAGCCUGGAAGACAUCAGCUGUAACACGUGGCCCAGCGUGCCCUCCUACAGCAGUUGCACAGUGUCUGCCAUGCAGCCGAUGGACAGGUUACCCUACCAGCAUUUCUCUGCCCACUUCACCUCGGGGCCGCUGAUGCCCCGGCUCGGCAGCGUGGCCAACCAUACCUCCCCCCAGAUAGGAGACACCCACAGCAUGUUCCAGCACCAGACCUCGGUUUCUCACCAACCCAUCGUCCGGCAGUGUGGACCCCAAACAGGCAUCCAGUCCCCCCCCAGCAGCCUCCAGCCCGCAGAGUUCCUCUAUUCCCACGGCGUGCCUCGAACCCUCUCGCCCCACCAGUACCACUCAGUGCACGGCGUGGGCAUGGUGCCAGAGUGGAGCGAGAACAGCUAACCAGGCAGCCGAGGCCACAGCAUCAGCCACGGCAAAAAAUGGAGGAGAAAUAAAUAAAAAAGGAAAAAAAACACCCCGUCGGUAAUACAAACAAUAGCGUUUUGCAAGACUCGAAGUGAAUGUUCACCGUUAGCACUCGAGAGGGACGGAUGCAGAUUGAAACCACGGACGAAGCAGUCAUUGGCCUUGGUGUGACUUGCCCCCUUUUUUUUUCUUUUGGUUCAAAAGCGAAAAACCAACAGAUCGGCACAGUGCUCCCCGCCGUGCCCCCCACCCGACUUGUGUUGCUGCCACAGCGAGCCCCCUCCCCAUCGCCCCUCCCUGGCCCCUGCUCUUUUUGUUCUCAAAGGGACACGAGACUCCUGCUGCCUUUCUCAACACGGCCAGAGUGCUUGAAUGAAAACAACUAGGAUGUUACUUUUUUUUUUUUUUGUGGUGUUGAU